AUGGGGAACUGCGGGUCAUCGUGUUCGUCAUGCUGCAAAGGCCGGUCGCGCGACGGUGGACUCUAUGAACCCGUCUUACAGGACAGUGAGCGAGAAGCGGUGUCGGAUCUGCUACAAUAUCUCGAGAACCGGUCCGAAGUCGACUUCUUCAGCGGGGAGCCUCUACGAGCGCUCAGUACGCUGGUAUACUCCGACAAUGUCGACCUACAGCGAAGCGCGAGCUUGACUUUCGCCGAGAUCACCGAACGAGAUGUUCGGGAGGUCGAUCGCGAUACGUUGGAGCCCAUCUUGUUUCUCCUGCAAAACCCAGAUCUCGAGGUGCAGCGGGCCGCUAGUGCAGCGCUCGGCAACCUCGCUGUCAAUACCGAAAACAAGGUUGCGAUUGUACUGUUGGGUGGUUUGGCACCUCUGAUCCGUCAGAUGAUGUCGCCGAACGUCGAGGUGCAGUGCAAUGCCGUUGGAUGCAUCACCAACCUGGCGACCCACGAGGACAACAAGGCGAAGAUUGCGAGGUCAGGAGCCCUCGGUCCUCUGACCAGACUGGCGAAAUCAAAGGAUAUGAGGGUCCAGCGUAAUGCUACUGGGGCUCUGUUGAAUAUGACACAUUCCGAUGACAAUCGACAACAGCUCGUCAACGCGGGUGCCAUCCCCGUUCUCGUUUCCCUCCUCUCGUCCCACGAUGUCGAUGUCCAGUACUACUGUACCACCGCCCUCAGCAAUAUCGCCGUCGACUGUAACAACCGGAAAAAGCUCGUGGCGACUGAGCCAAAACUCGUUUUCUCUCUCGUCCACCUGAUGGAUUCCUCGAGCCCCAAGGUCCAGUGUCAAGCGGCGUUGGCGCUACGAAACCUGGCGUCGGAUGAGAAAUACCAGUUGGAGAUUGUUCGUGCCAAGGGCCUGCCGCCGCUCCUCCGGCUGCUUCAGUCCACUUUCCUUCCUCUGAUCUUGUCCGCCGUCGCCUGCAUCCGCAACAUCUCAAUACACCCCCUCAACGAGUCACCCAUAAUCGAGGCCGGAUUUUUGAGGCCGUUGGUUGAUUUGCUCGGGUCGACGGACAACGAGGAGAUUCAGUGCCACGCCAUCUCGACGCUGCGGAAUCUUGCCGCCAGUUCGGACAAGAACAAGGAAUUGGUGCUGGAGGCGGGUGCGGUCCAGAAAUGCAAGCAGCUGGUUUUGGACGUGCCUCUGAGCGUUCAAUCCGAGAUGACCGCCGCCAUCGCGGUUCUGGCAUUGAGCGACGAUCUGAAGGCGCAUCUACUGAGCCUCGGUGUGUUCGACGUGUUGAUUCCUCUGACCGCUUCGGAGAGUAUCGAGGUGCAAGGAAACAGCGCUGCUGCCCUUGGAAACCUGUCUUCAAAAGUUGGCGAUUACUCGAUGUUCGUUCAAGACUGGCAGAAGCCUGCGGGCGGUAUUCACGGUUACCUCAAGCGAUUCCUCGAGAGCAAUGACCCGACAUUCCAGCACAUCGCCAUCUGGACCCUCCUCCAACUGCUCGAAUCGGAGGACGCCAAGCUAAAGGCGCUGAUCAGUCAGUCCACGGAGAUCGUAUCGAUGAUCCGCGAGAUCGCGAACAAGGCGGUAGACUCUGACGAUGAAGGUGACGAUGGCGAGGCAGAGGUGAUCUUCCUCGCACGGAGGUCGGCAAAUCUGUUAGAAGGCGCGGAUGGUUCUGUUGCCAUUGCCAAAACGCAGUAA